GUUAGAUGACUGCUGUUGUUGACACUGCGGACCCACGGCAGUACAGUGACAACAGCUUUAGUAGAUGUUCGUGCUUUGAAUACAAACGUUAAAACCUGCGCCAAUCUCCCGAUUAUACCGCCAUGUUAAAUUGCUCUUAACUGACCGUUUUGUUGUCUGGUUGUCAGUUUAGUCUCCGCUGAUAACUUUGCGACGCAGCUAGCACAGGAGGCUAAGUUUCAAUGGAGGAAGUUAGCUAAUUAGUAAAACAUGGAUAGUCAAUUUAAAUUCAGCUAAUGUAAUUUAACGAUAUACUUUGCGGGUUUAUUUUUGCUUGGUGCUUAAAACUUAUUUGAACAACACUCCAAACAAGAUGGCAGUGGAGCUGGAUGUGUUCGUGGGAAACACCACCAUCAUGGAUGAGGAGGUUUAUCAGCUCUGGCUGGACGGACACACAGUGAAUGAUGCAGUGAAAGUACGAAUGGAGGGGGGAGUGCUGGAGGAAUUUGAGGCCAGCGCAGAUGUCCUGCUGAGUGACACCAUGGACCAGUACAGGACUUUCCAGAUGUGUGAGCGUCUGCUGCACAGUCCAGCCAAACUAGCCAACCAGCUCCUGUUUCAGAUUCCACCUCAUCGACAAGCCAUCCUCAUAGAGAGAUACUAUGCUUUUGAUGAUGCAUUUGUCCGUGAGGUCCUGGGAAAGAAACUCUCUAAAGGGACCAAGAAAGACUUAGAUGAUAUCAGUGCCAAGACAAGUGUGACACUGAAAAGCUGCAGACGACAAUUUGACAACUUCAAACGUGUUUUUAAAGUUGUGGAAGAGCUGAAGGGACCCCUGGUGGAGAACAUACGUCAGCAUUUUCUUCUCUCUGACAAGCUUGCAAGGGAUUAUGCCGCCAUUGUUUUCUUUGCCAACAAUCGCUUUGAGACGGGGAAAAGAAAGCUACAAUAUCUCACUUUCCAGGACUUUGCUUUCUGUGCUGGGCUGCUUAUCAACAACUGGACCGUUGGGGCCGUUGAUAACAUGGUGGAAGACAUGGACGUCGAUCUUGAUAAAGAGUUUUUACAAGAGUUGAAGGAGCUGAAGAUUUUAAUAACGGACAAAGAUCUGCUGGAUCAACACAAAAGUCUGGUCUGUACAGCUCUCAGAGGAAAGACUAAAGCUUUUAAUGAGAUGGAGGCUAAUUUCAAGAAUCUUUCCAGAGGCCUUGUCAACAUUGCUGCAAAGUUAACUAACACAAAAGAUGUCAGAGAUUUCUUCAUUGAUCUUGUGGAGAAGUUUAUUGAGCCGUGCCGUUCAGACCGAUGGACAGCUGCGGACAUGAGACUCUACCUCACUCACUACACCAACUCUGCACACAUACUUGACACAUUCAAACACCAGGUUGUGUGGGACAGAUACAUGGGUGUCAUCAAAAGCUGUAUCUUCAAAAUGUAUCAUGACUGAAGUGUGUUUCGUUGCGGCUCACCGCUCUCUUCUCCCAACUCCUCCUCUGGUUUGUUUUCCCCCUGCUGAAGCCGUUAUCUUAGCCCUUUGGUUUGUGCUUUCUUUGUUUGCUGAUGAAUUUUUCUUCUCGAGUUCCAUUAUUGCUCCCCAUUUACUCCCCUAGUUUCCACACAUUGUCUGUAAA